AUGUCAGCUAUCAUAACUAAAAUCGUUGAAAAAUACAAUCUCACUCCCAAGAUGAGUGUGACCGAUCUCAGUAAAUAUACCUCAGAAUUUCUUGAAAACAUUACCGAUGAUAGAAAGCGGAAUCAAGCUCGACGACGUCUUCGGGAUGGUUUUAAAUUUAGCAGUGAACAGGUAGGUGUAUUGAUACCUAAUCAGAGAGGUGGGAAAAAUAAAACUAUAAAUAUGUGCCUUUGCAAUAGAAUAGUUAUAGCAUCACCCCCCAAAAAUCAGGAAGAAGAAAUUAUCAGAGAGAUAGCAAAACGAAUCUUGCAAAAUAGAUAUGGGUAUAGUGAAGGUCAAGUGAAUGUAUUAUUUGAUUUGCAAAGCGACUUACGUCACCUCUCUGACCAGAAAAACGAAAGUAAGACCAUAAAUAUUGCGAUCUCCAAUCAACUCUCAAAAGGAAUGGAGGAAGAGACUAUUGGAGAUAUGGCGCAACAGAUUUUACGGGAUAAACUUAGCAUUAGAGAUGUAAGAGCCGAAGCUUAUGCCUUAGCCCUAUCAGCAAAAAAUGCUAAUGCUGGCUCAUCACGUCUCACUCGUCUUCGUAGAGAAUUAAGAAACCUUAAUGCAUCACUUGAGAUAAUCGAGGCUACGAAAUUUCCAGAUAUUACAGAAGAAGCCAAUGAAAUCCAGAGUGACAAUCGGAAAAAGGCUGAAACUAAACGUAUUGAUUAUCCAGAUGAAUUUACAUUAGAAUCAGUCAAAGAAAGAUUAGAUGCGUAUGAUAUUAAAACUUUACCUGAUUGUCAGGCUCUUGCUGAUGUUAUGGUGAUGCUUUGUAUUCGUCCUGCUGAACUUGCAACUUUACGUAUUACAGAUGCCGGAGUAACAGGUUAUGCAAAGAACAGGGGUCAACCAGAUAUUCCUAGAAAAUUUAGAUCUAUGGAGAAGGAUCAAGAACGAGCUAAGGAAUUGCUUACAUGGAUUCAGAAUGCUAUAUCUUCUGGUCGAAUGGGUGAUCCAGGUAAGCCAGGAGUUAGAUGGUUCAAUAAAUUCUUAAAAGAUUAUAAUUUAAUUCCCAAAUACUUACGAAAAAUGGGUGCUGUUUACAGUGCAGUAGUACAUAAAGCUGAGAAUCCAGCCCACGCUUAUACAAUUGCUGGGGAAUGUCUACGCCACAAUCCCGACAACUAUACUUCUCCUGUGCAAAAUUACGUUGUAGUCAAUUAUCGCCGGCAAGGACAAAUGCCUGAAGAAGCAAGACCAUUUCAUAUCUAUGAUCAAGAUUAA